CGCUACAGUUACCUCCCUUACAUUGCGGCCUACUCGGAACCUGUUGUGAGUUUUCUCUGUGCAGAACUUGGUUCAUUAUUUCUUUUUAUCUUGAGGGACAUUGCGUGUCGUCCUUGACCUUUUGACUGACACACUUCGCUGAACCCUCGCACACCGACAACAGCGCUGUCUCGCUUGACACUGUAGCGAGAAACUGCACAUCGACUGAGCGUUUCAAACAUGUCGUCCAACAUGUUUUUGUACUGGGGGUCUGGGAGCAUUCCCUGUUGGAAACCCAUGUUGGUUCUGGAAGAAAAGGGAUUCUCGGGCUACCCGAAUAAGAAGAUUUCCUUCAGCGACAAGGAGCACAAGUCGGAGGAGGUCUUGAAACUCAACCCACGGGGUCAGGUGCCGACCUUCAAAGAUGGCGACGUUGUUGUGAACGAGUCCGGCGCCAUCUGUUUUUAUCUUGAGAACAAAUUUUCAGACAGCGGAACAAAACUGCUUCCAGGCGACAAUGCCGAGCGAGGGCGAGUCUUGCAGAGAAUUUUCGAGGUAUCUAAUGUGGACAGUAACCUCAUCACAAACAUCAUUCAUUACAGAUUCAGAACUGAUAAAGACAAGCUUGAUCAUGAGCUGUUGGCCACAAAGUACGAGAGUCUUCGGACGGAGUUGAAGAUAUGGGACGGUUACCUCGCGUCUAGCGGAGGCUACGUCGUCGGCAGCAACUUCACCAUGGCGGAUGUCUACUUCUUUCCGUAUAUUGCCUUCGGGGUGAGACUCGGCCUUGACCUCUCUAAAUAUCCCGCCAUCGCUGCCUACUACGACAAGGUCAAGGACAGGCCAUCCGUGAAAGCAUCAUGGCCGCCACACUGGGCUGAGAAGCCCGGUGACUCUACAAUGCUUGGGUCCGUGUGAGGAGUUGAUAUUGACGACACAGGUGUUGCUUUCCAGUAUAUUAUUCCAGUCUUACUUUCAGUUCUUUAGCUUUAGUUACGCACCUGCUAUAAUCAUAGUAUCCGCAUAUUGCAGACGAUGUUUAGUUUUACAAUGAUACAACUGCCUGUGGUUGUGGUUUGUGUUGGUUCAACUUAACACCAUUAACGGCAUACUGACUGUAACGUAUGUAAUUCACCCAAUGGCACAUGGAUGUGCCAGUAGUGUUUGGCGCAGUAAUUCGCUUGGUGUUCGAUGGUCGUGAACCAUCCAGAAGUCCAAGAU